AUGCCGUCUUUCACUGACCAGAUCACAGACUCGGACCCUGACCUUGAAGGCCCUCGUACAGGUCUCGACAUUGUGACUCCUCCCCCGAAACCCCGUCAGGAUCCCCCAACUCCUUCUGAUGGAAACACCGCUACUAGACCGCGCCGCGUUUCUGUCGGCAGGGCGGCGGUGCGACAACCUUUAUAUCAUCCGCCGUCCUUGACCUCCCCAAGCAGCCAGAUGUCCGCCGCGAAUGAAACUGUGACGAGAGAAGACAUUGAUCGGUGGCUGAAGCAGGGAGAAGAGGAAUCGCGACAUAACCUCUUCAGCCAGGUGUACGAAUGGCUCUCGCGCGAAAAAUCAAAACACGGGCAUUCCAAAAAGUCGCACAAAAAAGGAGCUCGAAAGAGCGGAGGAGACUACAAAGACGACCAACGCGGCGGCGAUGGCGCCCAGUUGACCAAGACCGCUUCGCAGAGCUCCGACUCUGCUCUCGCCCUUGACGGCUUGGAAAAGAUACUUUUGCAGUUUGCUUCUCGAUACGACAGCCGUCCCAACUCUACUUGCUCCUCCCGUCGCUCCACCCGCCGCCGUCCGCAUUUCAAGGGUUUGCGGAGAGGCUCUGCCUCCGAGUCCGACUACGACUUUGAGCCGGCGACUCCUAGCGUUGAUGCGAUCCUGGACAACACAAAGACACUGUCAUACACUGGAGGAAGCGCGGAAAGCGAGAAUGGUGAUACUUCAAGUGUUGGCAAGGCCAAGGACCGAGAGGCUUGGGUGGUGUUCAAGAGCGAAAUCCUCCGCCUGACGCACACGCUGCAGCUCAAGGGUUGGCGAAAGCUCCCAAUGGAUAUCGCCGCUGAGAUUGAUGUAGAGAGACUUAGCGGCGCUCUUACCAACGCCGUCUACAAAGUUAUACCUCCGCAAAAUAUCCCUCCUCCGAGGGCUGAAGAUGGAUCUUAUACCCUAGUACCUCGACGGCCUCCUCCGUAA